AUUUUAACUACUACUACUCCCAGAUCGGAAGACGAGAGUGAGAGAGAGAGAGAGCAGAGAGAUGGCGUCGGCUAUGAGAGCAGCCAUACUCGCCCACAUACGAGUUCCCGUUGCCCAAGCCCUAACCCUAAAGGGGUGGAGGCUGGGCCUCUGCAGCACCGUCCGAUCGAUGUCGUCUCACGGCGACGAUCAUCUCACCAAGAAUCAGGUCGUCGACAGAGUCCUCGAUGUCGUCAAGAGCUUCCCCAAAGUCGAUCCUUCCAAGGUGACCCCUGAUGUCCAUUUCCAAAAGGAUUUAGGAUUGGACAGCUUAGACAAUGUGGAGAUUGUAAUGGCCUUAGAAGAAGAGUUCAAGCUAGAAAUUCCAGAUAAAGAAGCUGUAAGGAUUGAUUCCUGUGAUCUUGCGGUUGAGUAUAUAUAUAACCAUCCAAUGGCUGGUUAAUAUAAGCAAAUUGCUCCCUGUUUUGGUUCUAUCCUGUUUUGUUAGCAUGUCUUAUCCAUCAGAAGCAAAGUGUUCAAGAUCUGCUUCUCUUUAACUUGUUUGGUGUUUGUAGGGAAUUUGAUCCUAGUAAAGGGAUGGAAAUAAUGGAAUUUUUUUGGGCAGACUAAUUUGUCAGACUGCUUUUCGUGGUUUGCAAUGCUUUUGCAUUACAAGAUCUAACGUUUCCUGCUGUUAUUGAAUUGGCGUGACUUUAUGUUUCUUCCUUCAUUUUUUUUAUGCUAUUUCUGUUCACCUGGUUUUUAGUUAUUUUAUUACCUCACAGUUCCUUAGUUUCAUAUCAUAUGCCUUGCAGUUAGAUUGUGUUUGAGCUCAAUGUCAAAAAGUUCUAGCUUGACAUCUUUUCCACUAUUGCAAGUUCUAAUGUAGUCUGUUAGGACCUUUCUUGCUAGAUGCAAGGUGACACCAGUCUGCAAUCUGCAUAAUGUGUCCCGGCAAAUCAAAGGUUUGAGAUAUGUUUCAUCAAAGGUUUGAUGCAGUUCCUUGUCUCAUUAGUAUUUCUUUUGAUGAGCAUUAUUGAACUCAACUUGAGUGAUUUGAGGUUUAGGGUUGAAGCGAUCAGUCCCGUAUGCUUGAAAGGAAGUUGUAAAAGAAAACAUGGUUCACAUUUGGAUUGAUGCUAAUUUGAUUGAUAUUCAAUUGCUAGAAGACCUGUAUCACAUUUGGAUUGAUAUUCAAUUUCGAGUUUCCUAGAUAAGAUUGUUGCUAGUUGCUGCAGCAUGUGAGAUGAACAAGAAGAGGAAGAUAAAGCAUGGGAAAGAGAAGAAAUAUACCUCUUUUUGUUCUCUGGAAACAAUAUCAUCUGUUUCUAAAUUAUUCUUGUUCUGACAACAGAAAACAGAUUUUGAAAUUGCAAUUUGGAAGCAAACAUAUGAGAAUCCUUCUUCACUGAGUGGAGUGUGGGAUAUUCGUGUGUAGGGUGCAUGAUUUGGACUCCAUGUUUUACCCCUUGGGAACGGAAUGAAGGACUACUACUGUUGUCUGUAGGAGUAAUACCCAGAAUUAGGGCAGAUGUUUAUGCUCUUCCUUGAAAAUCGUUUUCAUUCUUUGGGAGCUUUAGACCACAAUUUAAUUUUUGUUAGCUAUACACUAUUUAAUUUGUGAUGUUUUCAUAUUAUAUAGGUUGGUUUUACAAAAUCAUGGAACAGGACCAUAAUAAUUCUCCCUUCACUGUCAUUUCGUGAAUUUCUUUAAUAUGAAUAGUGUUGGAACUUUAUCCCAUAAUUUUCUUGGUAGAGGGUUGCUUGAGGAAGGGUGUUGUAUAAUUUUGCCACAUUAUUCUUCUUCAUAAAUUUAUAUUGUCCAUGUUAUUUUUUAAAAAAUUAAUUAAUAAUUUGAUAUUAUGAAUGCCAUGUCAUCAAUCCUCACUUAUUUAGGAUAAAGUGCAGUUGACGGUAAUAUAUUUUACUGAAAUUUAAAUUAGAAUUAUUUGGCUCUAUUUUCUAGGCAUCAUGAUUCCUUCAUGCCUUACCAGGAAAGAGGGACUUUUACUGAUAAAAGUUUUACCUUAUCAUCUUGGUUCACUUUAUGUAUAGUAAUUUUUUAAUGCCGUGCCUGGAAUAAAGAUUUGUGGUAAGGAUAGGAAAAUUGUAGUAAUUCAUGUGAUAUAUGUAUAUAUAUUUUUCAUAGUUCUUUAAUGCUCGGAACUUGUGCUUACAAAUUAACUUCAGACAUGGCUAUGUGAAGCUCCUUUCCAUUCCUUGGCAAUAUAUAUGACUACCAAAGACGGAGAAUUCUCACUUUUAUAAUUGGAGAUCCUGAUCUUCACUUGGAGACACCAUCUUCUUGACAUACAACCAACGGGGACAGAAAUAAGCAAAGUUCAGUGGGAACCAGUCCCAGACUGAAGCAAAUGCACAACGAAAAGCACCAUUGAAGACAGCUCUAAAGCGUCAUUAUUCCUCUUUGUCAAUGGAGAAACAACCCCCUCCCUCUCCUUGAACCCAUUUCACAAGUUGCUGGAGCAUCCAAAAGUGUACUUACUUCUACCCUAGCAUCUUGAAAUUGCUUAGACUUGUAGUCGUCCAUAGCCUUCUUGAGGUCAUAAACUUCAUUUGUGUAGAGCUCAGAGCACCUUGAUAACCAUUGUUUCACACAGGAGCCUAGUUGUUUUCCAGCAGACCUUGGAUGUGGCAGGGUGGUAUCAGUCAGGUUGUUCUUGACAAGCCCGAUAGGGAUUGCCCCAACUCAGGCGGGUCAGCGCAGUGGCUGGCUGGGGCGGCUUCUAGGGAGGAUGUGAAGAAGCUGAAUUUCAGGUCUGGAUCAUCUUCUGCCCAUGUUUUUUGCAGGUUUGGUUGAUGAGGUUUUGUGCUGAUCCUGCUCUCAGAAUGCACAGGUAGAGGGAGAUGGAGAGGAGAGUUGGAGAAAGGGAAGCCCUCGUUUACUUGAUGGCUUAAGCACAUUCUUGUUUGUCCUCUAGGGUAUGCUUUUAUAGGGAAAAAAAAAGGUAAUAAAUGGGGUUAUUCAUGGA